AUGACAGAUAAAAAGAAACAGCGGGGCGCCGCUGCUGGCCCGCAGGACGGAUACUAUGAUCUCGGGAGCUAUCACCGUUCCAUUAGCACCAGCAACCCGAGUGCUCAGACAUGGUUUGACCGUGGGCUGAUUUGGAGUUUUGCGUUUAACCAUGACGAGGCAGCUGCGUGCUUCCAGCGAGCCAUCGACCAAGACCCGCACUGCGCCAUGGCACACUGGGGACUUGCAUAUGCUUCGGGACCCAACUAUAACAUGCCGUGGGCGUUUUUUAAUGCCGAACAGUUGGGAUAUGUGGUGACUAAAACUCAUGCUGCUGCUAGAAAGGCAGAGGAGAAGGCUAGGGCACCAAAUGUAUCAGCUGUUGAGAGGGCCUUAACCAAGGCCUUGAUACAUCGAUACCCCCAAGAUCAUCCUGUGGAAGACUGUGCAGUAUGGAACAAGGGAUAUGCUGAUGCAAUGAAGUUGGUAUAUCAAGCAUUUCCGGACGACCUGGACGUUGCGAUGCUCUACGUGGAUGCGUUGAUGAACCUGACUCCAUGGAAACUAUGGGACUUGGUGACCGGAAAUCCUGCGAAAGGAGCGCACACUCUGGAAGCAAAAGAUAUCCUCGAUCGUGCUUUGGCCCAGGAAGGCGGACUUUCUCACCCUGGACUUCUCCACCUUUACAUUCAUCUUCUGGAGAUGUCUACUUCGCCAGAGUUGGCCUUACCGGCCGCUAACCGUCUAAGAGGCCUCGUUCCCGACUCUGGGCACUUGAACCAUAUGCCGUCCCAUAUCGAUAUCCUGUGCGGCGAUUACCAAAGUGCAGUCACAUCAAAUUCAGAAGCAGUUAUUGCCGAUGAGAAGUUCGUUGCUCAGCACGGAAGUAUGAACUUCUACACCCUCUAUAGGUGCCACAACUAUCACUUCAAGGUAUACGCGGCCAUGUUCUCAGGACAGUCGAGAGUUGCGGUUGAUACCGUUAGACAGAUGGAGGCUACAAUACCCGACCAGUUAAUACGAGAAUCUACUGAGAUGGCAAAUCUUCUAGAAUCAUUUGUUGCUAUGCAGGUACAUGUCUUGAUACGUUUUGGAAUGUGGGAUGAGGUUCUCGCUCUUGAGCUGCCCGAAGAUCAGUUCUUAUACUGCGCUACUACGGCGAUGAGGCUAUAUGGGAAGGGAGUGGCAUAUGCGGCCACUGGGAAAAUAGAACAAGCACGAGAGGCCCGUGAAGCUUUCCGAAGCGCAGUAAAACGAGUGCUGCCCACCCGCACCGUAUUCAAUAAUAAUUGCAGUGACAUCCUGGCCAUUGCCUCUGCAAUGCUAGACGGUGAACUAGAAUACCGUCUCGGGCAUUACGACACAGCAUUCGAACACUUGCGUCAUUCCAUAAAACUCUAUGAUUCUCUGCAUUAUGAUGAACCGUGGGGUUGGAUGCAACCAGUUCGACAUGCGUAUGGUGCGCUUUUGCUUGAAAGGGGGCAUGUUCGGGAGGCAGCUGCAGCGUAUCGUGCAGAUUUGGGUCUUGAUAACACUGUGCCUAGAGCACUGCAGCAUCCAAAUAAUGUCUGGGCAUUACAUGGGUAUCAUGAGUGCCUUGCGGCUUUGGGAGAGGUAGACGAAGCUGCAAAGGUUGCGCAACAACUUGCCACAGCGCUUGCCUUGACAGAUAUACCAAUCCGAUCGUCUUGUUUCUGCCGACUGCGGACUGUUGCCAGAAUGUAA